AUGUUCCGCAGGAAGCUGCAGGCUCUGGACUACCACAACCCCGCCGGCUUCAACUGUAAAGACGAAACAGAGUUUCGGAACUUUGUUGUUUGGUUAGAAGAUCAGAAAAUUAGACACUACAAAAUAGAAGAUCGGGGGAAUCUAAGAAAUAUACACAGCAGCGAAUGGCCCAAUCAGUAUGAAAAGUACUUGAAAGAUGUCUCAUGCCCCUUCAAGUCUCAAGAGCGUCAGGAAGGAAUAGACUGGCUUCUGGGUCUUGCAGUUCGCCUCGAGUAUGGCGAUAAUGCUGCUAAAUACCAGAAUGCAAAACCACUGACUACAGAGGCCACAAAGAGUGUGGAGCCAUUAAUAAACCUGGAUGUGAACAACCCAGACUUCAAAGCUGGAGUGAUGGCCUUGGCAAACCUCCUGCAGAUCCAGAGACAUGACGAUUAUCUGGUGAUGCUUAAAGCAAUACGAAUUCUUGUCCAAGAACGACUGUCCCCAGAAGCCAUUGCCAAAUCCAAUAGCUCGAAAGAGGGUCUUCCUGUCGCCCUGGAUAAACACACACUUGGAUUUGAUACUGGAGAUGCAGUAUUAAAUGAUGCCGCCAGAAUUCUGCGAUUACUUCAUGUUGAAGAACUCCGAGAACUUCAGACCAAGAUCAAUGAAGCGAUUGUAGCUGUUCAGGCAAUUAUUGCCGAUCCCAAGACCGACCACAGACUGGGCAAAGUGGGCAGAUGA